CGUCCCUGGUAGUGGUGAGCUAGAUGCACAUACUUACAUGUGCCCCUGACUAAAAGCUGUGGUGAAUAAUGGAUUUGUAAUUACUGCAUAAUACCCUGUUGGAGGCUGAAGGGCAAGAUGUUUGGGAAUACUGAUACAGAAGGCUGCCUAAAUGGCAUGAUAAAUAACAGGUUUGUACGGAUUAGCAUCUGUAUAACUAUUUUGAACUGAGGGCUUCUGAAGCAGUUGAAACAUUGUCCUGAAAUUAGUGCCUCUAUUGUAGUUCACCAGCUUGGAGGCUUGUAAAGGUGUACAUGUCAUAGUUUAGAAGUUUUCUUGAUACCACUAUUUAGUAGUUCUGGCUACUUAGGAGCUUUUAAAUACUGACUUCUUGUCCCUUUCCCUUCUCCUGGGCUUCUCAUCAGUUGUGUAUUGUGCAAGAACUUGACUUUUACUGAAAUCACUCAGAGGCAAGUGGCAAAGUAAAAUACUGCAAUUCCUCUGCAUACUUACAGUGUUUGUAGAAGUAGUGGUGUUCUUGUGUAGAACUGCACCAUCAGGAGGAGAUGGUCAGAUUAUAUGCUCCUUUAGGAGACCUCCUUCUUCUGUGGGUUUAGGAGAUCCUGGUGACAAGAGCAGUCCUCUCUGGUGUUUUGAAUUGCAAAUGGUCUCCUAGGGUCUUUGAUGUCAACAUUUCCAUUUCUUUGUGUUUCCGUUGGAUGCAGCAAGGAAGUGUUAUAUGGACAAAUUCAGGUGCAUGGGAACUUGCAAAGAAAUGUGGUAUUUGCAUGGUUUAAAUGGUUUCGAUUUGUUUGUCUCCUCCAUUUUUCUCUGACUCUAUUUGUGCAACCAAAUAACUACUCUCCUGGACAUAACUGGCCAUAUAGCCUAUUGAUGCACUUACAUUUGUGGGGUAGAGUCUGAAGCUUCCACAGAGUGGAAGUAAAAAAGUAAAAGAAGUCAGUAAUUUGAAUCAGAUUAUCAACAAGUCUUAAUUUUAAAGCAAAGCCAGUAGCUGCUUUACAGGUUAGAAAGAUCCUUCUUUUGGCUUGAGAAUUUCAGAUAACACAAGAAGAGGGAAGGAAGUGUUGAAAUGGUUACUCCUGUUGUAAUGGAAAAUUUUAUAGCAAAUCUUUUAAUUGUGCUAAGUAUCUCCUGGCUUUGUUUCAUUGUUUUUAUUUUGUGGUGGGUAAGACACUGGUUUUGCAGACUCUUCUCCACCCGUCCUUGGGUUGACCUGUGUUUACACUUGAGUGGGAUAGUUGGAAAACUUUCGCAGUUUGCAAAAUGAGGCUUGCAAAGAAGGCGGAAUGCUUUGUACAAAACAUAAUUUUAUUGAAAUAUGACACAAGUGUUUUUGAUGUCUUAUAAUGAAUCAUUUUUUUUCUUUAAAGGGCUAGCAGUACUGUAAGAGGCCUCAGUAGGAGAAAUUGUAAAAUCAUUUUGCAAAAGUCAAGUUUUGCAUUCUGGAUUUAUUUGAUAUAGCUAAGCAAUUAAAGAACAUGUUAACUCUUUGUAGCACGUUAUGAGGAACACUCUGUAGUUAUUUUGUCAGUGUGAUAAAUGCCAUAACUGGAAACUUUCUAAACAAGUUUAAGGAGUUGAGGAUGCAAACCAUAAAAAAAAAAAAUCUCAGUGCUGGAUCAGAAUCCUUUAAAUUUUGAAUCAGAAAGGUAUUUAACUAUUUCUUUCAGUUUGACAUAAAUAACUGUCUUUUGGAGUAGUUGAGAAGCUCAUUCUCUACUUGGCUUUUAACACCACUUUUAAAACAUAGGAAUUACUGAGUUUUCACUGCUGGAAGAUGACUGGUUGAGUGUAAAAUCUCUUACAUGUGUUGAAUGCAAGCUGUUCCACAGUGCUCAUAAUGCAUUGGGCAGUUAAGUUUGAGAGCACAAGAUUAAGUUUGGGAAAUCGUUUCUCAAAUAACAGAAAGGAGAAUGGUGAAAAUCAAUUUGCUACAACAAACAGGUGCAAGAAACAUUGCUGGAGGACUUGGCAUGAUUUUUGCACACUGGGGGGGCUUACUCCAGUUAAUGUUUCUGUGCCUUUAUUGUCAUGGUGCAUGCACCAAUGGAGGUGCAUUGUCUCCCAGAAAAGGGUAAUCCAGGCUUGUUCCAUAAUAACCACUCUUUUGCCUUGAAACAGUGAACUAUCAAAUUUUGCAGCAUGUGAGACAAAAGGCUUCUUUGCUACUUCUCGGAAUAAGAUUACAGUUGUCACGUUUCUCUUUCACCAGCAUGCCUGGCACUUCAGAGUAUAGCUCAGACUUCCCUUUGUUAAUGGAAGAGAAAGGGGAUCUUUAUUUUUUUCUUUUAAUGUGACUUUGUAACAUGCAAGACACUGAUAUCAGGGGGAGCUCCCCUGCUUUCCUCCGGCCUCAGAAUGGGAGCAGUCACAGGUCUUCAGGGUACGUCCCAGGGAGAAUUGCUCCACUCCGUCCCCCACCGCCCUCACAGAGCCAUGCUGCAGCUGAAUUUACUUCUGCAAGACAAGAAGCCCGGGCAAGACUCCCACCCUUACCAGUCAGUCAACACCGCCGCCAAGCAGAAGCCAACAGGCAUAAAAAUACUCUCAUUUGCUUUGCCGUUUCUAGCCUCUCACUUUUUGUUGCACUGGGGAUUUUUUUGGGAAUAGCUUCAAAAUAUGCUCCAGACGAGAACUGUCCCGAUCAAAAUCCUCGUCUUAAAAACUGGAGCCCUGGAAAAGAUCCUGAAAAGAGAGUUUUUAUUAAAAAAGGGGAUUUGUUUCGUCUGAACGCAGACGCUACAGUACACUCCAUAGUUAUACAGGAUGGAGGGUUACUUGUAUUUGGUGAUGAUAAAGAAGGUUCUAAAAAUAUUACCUUGAGAACUCGAUUUAUCCUGAUAAAGGAUGGUGGAAUGCUUCAUGUUGGAGCAGAGAAAUGCCGCUAUAAAUCCAAAGCAACUAUUAUUUUGUAUGGGAAGUCAAACGAAGGUGCUGAUGUGCCAGAAUUUGGCCAAAAAUUUAUUGGUGUGGGCCCUGAAGGAACACUGGAGUUACACGGGCACCAGAAGUUAUCCUGGACUCUUCUAUCAAAGACUAUGUAUUUCUCAGGGCUGGCCUAUGGUCAUUAUUCAUUUAAAAAGAAUUUUUCCCGAGGACUAAAUGUGAGAGUGAUUGAUCAGGACACAGCAGAGGUUUUGGAAGUGCUGAAGUUUGACACUCAUGAAUUUUCAGAAGACAGCUUGAAGCUCCAGAACUUACUGAAAAAUGGAAGUCCUGGUCGCAUUGUUGCUAUUGCUGUAGGAGAUUCAGCUGCUAAAAAUCUACUGGAGGAAACCAGAGUGACUAUUCAAAAUCUUCUGGGAAGUAAGUUUGUCAGAGGAUUAAGUUACAGGCAAGCCUGGGCUUUUGUUGGUGUCAUAGGUGGUGGAAAUUCUUCCUGUAAUGAAUCAGUGAGAAACUAUGAAAAUCACAGCACCGGUGGGAAAGCUCUUGCUCAGAAAGAAUUUUUCACAGUGGAUGGUCAGAAGUUCGUUGUGAGAGCUUACAGCGAAUGGAACGAUGGUGUCCCAAUUUCAGGCUUCCAGGUGGAAGCUGUAGGUGGAGUGAUUCUGAAUCUCCUGGAUGAUGUUAGUGGUUGGAAGCCUGGAGAUCGGAUUGUGGUUGCAAGCACAGACUAUUCAAUGUAUCAGACAGAGGAAUUCACCCUUCUUCCCUGCCCCGAGUGUACCAGAUAUCAGGUCAAAGUCAAAGAAAAUCCUCAGUUUCCUCAUGUAGGAGAAGUUAUUGAUGGAGUGGACAUGAGGGCAGAAGUCGGAGUUCUUACAAGAAAUAUCUUAAUCAAGGGAGAGACUGCAGAUGCCUGCUACCGUGAAAAGGAGUGCCAGUUCUUCAAUUAUGAUACAUUUGGUGGACAUAUAAAGAUUUUGAAGAAUUUUACAUCUGUUCAUCUCUCCUAUGUGGAAUUGAAGCAAAUGGGCCAGCAGCAGAUUGGAAGUUACCCUGUUCACUUUCACCUUUGUGGGGAUGUGGAUGAAAAAGGAGGUUAUAGUUUUAAGACUUACCUGGAAGGUCUUUCCAUUCACCACUGUUUUUCCAGAUGUGUGACUAUUCAUGGGACUAAUGGCUUGCUGAUAAAGGACACCAUUGGCUACGACACACUAGGUCACUGUUUCUUCACAGAAGAUGGCAUUGAGCAGAGGAAUACUUUAUUCCACAACUUGGGGCUAGUCACAAAACCAGGCACUCUUCUUCCUACAGAUAGAAACAGCAGUAUGUGUACUAUUAUUAGGGAUAAAGUUUAUGGCAGUUAUAUCCCAGUGCCAGCCACAGACUGCAUGGCAGUUUCGACAUUCUGGAUUUCUCAUCCCAACAAUCAUCUUAUAAAUAAUGCAGCAGCAGGAUCACAGGAUGCUGGAAUAUGGUAUUUGUUCCACAGGAUUGCUACAGGAGAUUCUCAUAGUUUGGCCACUGAAACCAAGUCAGAGCUUACACCCCUAGGAAUCUUCUAUAACAACAGGGUUCACUCUAAUUUUAAGGCUGGUUUGUUCAUUGAUAAAGGUGUUAAAACAACUAAUGCUAGCGCUGAUGAUCCCAGAGAAUAUCUUUGUUUGGAUAACAAUGCAAGGUUUCGACCUCAUCAAGAUGCAGACCCUGAAAAGCCCCGAGUUGCUGCCCUGAUUGACAGAUUAAUCUCUUUCAAAAACAAUGAUCAUGGGGCGUGGGUCAGGGGGGGGGAUAUCCUCAUUCAAAACUCUGGGUUUGCAGACAAUGGAAUAGGUUUGACAUUUGCUAGUGAUGGGAGCUUCCCAAAUGAUGAAGGUGCCAGUCAGGAGGUAUCUGAGUCGCUGUUCAUUGGUGAGAGCAAGAAUUAUGGGUUUUCAGGCGGCCAAAAUAAAUAUGCGGGAACUGGUGGGAUAGACAACAAGGCACGCACUCUGCCUAGAAAUCGGACAUUUCCAAUCAGAGGAUUUCAAAUUUAUGAUGGACCUAUUCACCUUACCAAGUGCACAUUCAAAAACUUUGUGCCAACUCCAGACAGAUUUACCAGUGCAGUUGGAUUCUUAAUGAAAAAUCCAUGGCAGAUGACACCAAAAAACAACAUUUCUCUUGUGAAGUUUGGUCCAAAUGUUUCUUUGAAAGCCUUCUUUGGAAAACCUGGUCCCUGGUUUGAAGAAGGAGAUCUGGAUGGUGACAAGAACUCAAUAUUCCAUGAUCUGGAUGGUUCAGUGACUGACUACAAGAAUACCUAUGUGGGCAGAAUGGAUAACUACUUGAUUCAACACCCCGAAUGCAUUAAUAUUACAGAAUGGAGUGGAGUGGUUUGCAGUGGGACCUAUGCACAGGUUUAUGUCCAAACAUGGAAUGGACAGAAUCUGUCCAUGACUAUUGUACGAGAUGAGUACCCAUCCAACCCCAUGGUUCUCCGAGGUAUCAAUCAGAGAGCUGUCUUUCAACAGUACCAGCCAGUAGUGAUGCUCCAAAAGGGCUACACAAUACAUUGGAAUGGAAAAGCUCCGAAUGUCACCUAUCUUUAUCUCAUUAACUUCAACAAGAAUGACUGGAUUCGUGUUGGUCUUUGUUAUCAACCAAAUACAGAUUUUGUUAUAGUAUUAGAAACCUUCCAAAGGCGGUCAUCUGCUCUGUCAAGCAAGGUAGAGCGCUACAUGCCUGUAUCUUCAAUGGUGGAGCUCGAAAAGAAUCGAUCAGACAAGAAGUUUUACUUCGACAGCAGUACUGGAUUACUGUUUUUAUUUCUUCAAGCCAAAUAUAAUAGGGAUGGUCACAGUUAUUGCUCAUCUCAGGGAUGUGAAAGGAUCAAGAUUGUGACCAAAGAUUCAGCAAAAGGAAUCAGUAACUGCAUGGCAAAAGCUUACCCAAAGUACUACCAACGACCAACUGUCAUAACACAGAUGCCAGUAAAAACUACUGUACCAUGUAUGAAAUGCGGCACAACUCAGAUGGUGUUCACCAGUGACCCUCACAAAAACUACCUCCUUGUGCAGAUUAAUUCAUCUGGUAGAAAAGAGUUAAGCAGAGGUCAGCAGGCAUUUAUUUCUGUCAAUGACACUAUGUUUUCCUUCAAGGAUAAUGGUAUACUUAUCAUUAUAGUCGAUUCCUGCACUGGAACAGUGUUGGGAAACAAAUUAUUUUCUGGAGUAGACAUUAAGCAUGUAAAUGAUUAUUUAAAAUCUGGAAUUCCACAAAGGUCUAUUGUUCUACUGAGCACAAGAGGUGAUGUAGCAAUUCCUCAUAAUUUAUCAGAAGCCUUAAUGUCCCUGGGGACAGCGAAACCACCUUAUCUUCAGAGCAACGGAAGCGUGGCCUUUCUGGGCUUCAGAGGAAACUUUAAGCCAUCCUGGAUUAAGCUGUUUACUGGUCCUGCUGGGCAUGGGCUCGUUCAGAUAGAAAAGUAUAUCCCUUUACAACUGGAAGAGUAUGGCUGUGCCAGAGCAAUCAGAAGUCGGCGGAAAGACAUCGAGCUUCUAAAGAAGGCUACACGAUCUCAUUAAAGACUAAGAUGUACAUAAAAGCUGGGGGAAAAAUGUGAACUAACUUAUUUUUUAAUUUAUGGCAUUUUAAACUAUGUUGCUAUCCAAGGAAUUCACGUUACUGUCUGACAGAUGUUUGCCAGCAUUGACUGCUUGAAUGCCGAUCUGCGCACCUUCUAGUUGUACAAAAUAUUAAAGAAUUUAUUAGUAUUUGUAUAAACAGGUUUCAGAGAUUUUUCAGAUGUUUGUAUUUACUGUAAGUUUCUUCUGUUUAAUACUCCUUUUGUAUGUAAGAAGGUGUUUAUAAAAGCCUUAAAUUUUUAAUAACAGGAAUCGGAGUGCAUCUUGGAUUACUUGAAAGAUUAACAUUAAAGUUUCCAUAAACAGCUUGAAUUGGUCAUUGUAACUUACACAUUUUCACUUAGCUACUUAGGUAUUUUCCUGAGGGUUUAUUUAGCAGUCAGCUCAGUUACGUUCUCAGUCUGCUUUCCAAGGUGUUAAAAACAUUUCCCCCCUGCAUGCAGCUAACUGAAGGGGUUUAACUGCAGUAAGGUUUUUGCUUUGCUGUGUCAAAGAUGAAGAGUAGGUAUUCAAAUACCCAGCCCAGGGCUGAGUGAGGAUUAUGUACCAUGCAACAAAGUUUAACAUGGCUGUGUGUACCGUCAUGAUGCACAGAGCAGAAAAUUACUACCGUUGUUAAUUACCACUUUCUUUACUGUUCACCUCUAAAUAUACAGGUGCCUGUGAGAGUCACUUCACUAAACAGUACGGGUGUUAAGGCUGCAGUCUUGGGUGCAGCUUGACUGCAGCUCACACUUUUAAAGCUUCUAGCCAGGAGGACAAAGCUGAGAUACUGUUGUUGGCAAUUUAUUAUGAAACUAGGCUUCUACUGUUGCAGUCAUAUUUCCUUCCUCACCUCCAUCCCUCCAAAGGCUUUACCUUAUAAGUGAAUGAGAAGUGCUCUCAGUUCAUUCAGGCAUGUUAUAUGCUUUGCCUUAACUUCAGUUCUUUUAAUAUACUCAUGUUGCUAGUUCCUGUUGACUUUUUAUAUUGGGUCCAUUUCAUUUCCUUGGUUUUCUUGCAGUUAUUUGACCCUUUCUACAAAGAGUAUGAAAAUCAUUUCACUGAAAACUGAGGCACAGCUGCCGUUUUUAAGGGUCCUAUUUUUGAAAUUAUAUUUCAGAGACUGUAAAGAUGCAUUUCACAAUAGGAGACACUAGGUGCCAUUGAGCUAAAAUGUAACCAUAGUUCUAAUAAAACUGACAUAGUUCCUGCUUGUAUAUGUUCUCAUUCAUUCUAGCUGGUAUAAUGUAUGUACCAUUCAGAGAUGCUUUGUGCUUUGAAUUCAGAAUGGAAUGGCUGCUGGAAAUACACCUGUCUUCUCCAAAGAAAUUGAAAAGCUGUGGGGAUUUUUUUCUCUUUGUGUGUGUGUGUGCUUUAAAGGAGAGGAGGCACAGUAGCAAACCUAUUAUUCUGUUCAAUUGAAAUAUGCUACCUCAGUGCUACAAGUAAACUGCCAAUGAGAAGGGAGGGAAACACAACAUAAGAGAUGAACAAGUAGAUGGCUGAUGUAAUUUUUAUUGUAAAACCCAAGCCAAAUGGAUGAUUGUGGAUUAUGCAGUUGUUUUGAGGCACAGGUCUUUUAUAAUGUUUAAAUAAAAAAAAAGGUGUUUUGUUAGGGGAAAUGUGGUAAGUCUUUAAAGACUAGCUAUAAUGUUACUAAUGCAGGUCAAUGUGAUUUAAAUGUUCUGAGUGCAGUAGUGAUAGUGUUUGGGGAUUAAAAUGGUUUUAAGACUUCCACUGUUCUGUGGGUCAUGUUCAGCAGAGAAAUACUGAUGAGGUAGUGACCUUCAGGCAUGUGAAGUUUGCCAUUAUUUAUGAGAUUCUGCUGUUCUAAGCCAUCUUGUAAAAACUGUACUAGAAAGUGUCAAGGGUAUUCUGGGGUAGGGUUUACUGGUGGGCAGUUGGACCUGAAGUGUUGUCUUUUGUGUAAAUUUGAACACUUGAUAAAUAGCAUAAAUAAAUUUUUACAUCUGACAAGACAA